AUGGGACACGGUAAUUCGGACAAGCUCUAUGUCACUCAUGCCGAACAUACCGGCAUGUUUGGUCAACAUACCGCUUCCUCUGCUGGAUUCAAAGUAAAGAGCCAGGCACCUCAUCCCGCUGCAACGACACCUUUUGAUUGUUGUGCGCUCUCAUUUCAACCUUUCAAUCAUCCGGUAUGCGCUCGCAAUCCUGACGGAACUGGCCUCGUGUUCGAUCUUGUCAACAUUAUCCCAUGGCUAAAGCAACACAACAACACCAACCCAAUCACCCAGGGCCCACUCAGCCCGUCAGACCUGAUCACUCUCAACUACUCUCGCAAGCCGUCUGGAGAGAUUCACGACCCUAUCUCAUUCAAACCGUUCAGUGAACAUUCGCAUAUCGUGGCCAUUGCGACAACUGGCAAUGUGUUCCUCGCUGAGAGCGUGAAAGGCGGUCGUGAUUUGGUGGCUGAUGCGAAGUUCAGAAAGGAUGAUAUCAUUACUUUACAGAAUCCUCAUGCAAUGCCCUCUGCAGUCAUUCCUCGCAAAAUCGUAGAAAAAGCGACGGACAAGGCGAAGCCUACAGGAUCAAAGGCAACAGAUACCAACUUGGACGCAUCAGGGUCGAAAGCCAAAGCAGUGCCAUGGAAUAUUUCGCCUUACUCUACUGGGCUGCCGGGUGCUUCGUUGACGUCAACAUCAAUCGACCCGCAAACUAAAACGUCACAACUUGUAUGGGACGAGGAGGAGCUUAUGUUUGACGAUUUUGCUAAUCCGCCUAAAGGCAAGGGCAAGGAGAAGGAUGUGGGAAAACGUCGUGCAUAUGUUCGUGUUGUCACAACCCUGAGUGGAGGGAGCUUGAAUUUGGAGUUGUAUUGCGAGAAGGCUCCGAAGACAUGUUACAACUUCUUGCAGCUUGCGAAGGCGGGAAAGUACAACAAUUGUUUAUUUCAUCGCCUUGUUCCUGAGUUUAUGAUCCAAACAGGCGACCCGACUGGUACGGGUGCUGGUGGAGAAUCUUGCUGGGGUACACCAUUCCGAGACGAACAUGAUAUGCGAAAUGCAGCAAAACAUGAUUCUCGUGGUGUUAUUGCGAUGGCAAAUAAGGGACCUGCAACGAAUGGAUCUCAAUUUUACAUUACUUUCCGAGCGACGCCACACUUGGACAAGAAACAUACUGUGUUCGGCAAGCUAGUCGGUGGUGAAGAUUUGUUGGAUGCUUUGGAAGCGCUGCCCAUCAAAACAGGGACGGAGAGACCAGCAAAGCCGGUGAGGAUUACUGAAGUUAUCAUAUAUCAGGAUCCAUUUGAGGAGUACAAGAUUCGCCAGCAGAAGAAGUUGACAAAAAGGGCUGAAGCGGAAGAAGCUGCACGUACGGGCAACAGACCCGCUGAUAAAAGGGACGGCGAUGACAUCAACUGGUUCGGCACGAAGGUAGGUAUUGAAGCGAAGAGUUUUAGCUCUGGAGUUGGCGGUGGAGUUGGUAAAUACCUGAGCUCAGGGGGUGUGAAAAGGCCUGCGCCUGAGCAGCUGACAAAAUUGAAGGACGAUGUUGGCAUCCUAGAUUACUCGAAGAAGAAGCGGAAAAUUGGAUUUGGGAGUUUUGAAGGAUGGUAG